AUGCCUCUCCAAACUGCAAAAGACGCGACUGCGAAGGUUGUUCCUCUCCCUCAGACCAUUUUUUCUCAACCCCUCUCAGCCUACAACAUUCCACUCAUAAAACGCAUACUCUCCAUAUUCUAUCAACAAAGCACUAUCAGACAGCGCGAACCACGAAUUAGUCUCCUACAUAAGCUCGCUCGUGUUGAGCAAAGUCGAACAGACAAAGUGAGAGAUGCUGUAGCUCAACUUCUUCGUCUCAAUAUACCCAUCAUUAGAGCUGCUGUUGAGGCAGGGCCUCAUGAUGAAGACGUAGAUGGAGAGCUUACGGGGGUCGAAGAGGGCACGGAUUGUGAAGUUUGCUUGCGAGCUUUACCCCCAGAAAGCUUUCCCCAACAAGACAUUGCAAGCAAAUGCGAACACAAGGCACAUAUGUGUACGUCGUGUCUGGAACAAGCUGUUGUGGCGAACGUAGAGAGCAACCCGUGGGACACUAUACGUUGUCCAUACUCCAGUUGUGAAAGGUUGUCGAAUUCAAGUAUUAUCAGGAAGUGCCUCAAAGGAAGCCUACUUGGGAAUUAUAACAAGUACAUCGAUAAGCUAGAGAUCCGCAACCUGCCGAACUUUCGAUGGUGCUUGAAACCUAGUGGGUGUGGUGAUGGUCAAGUCCACAAUAGCGCCAAAAGCCUCAAAAUCGCAUGUCGUGCAUGCGAAUUUGAAAUGUGUUUUUCAUGUCAGACACCGUGGCAUGAGGGGAUGAUCUGUACGCAGAGCUACAAUGACGCAAGUAUCUUAAAGUCAGCCAAUCUGAUUAGGCACACGACAAAACUGUGUCCACGGUGUAAGGCACCCACCUUUGUUGAAAAGAAAGACAUCAGGUGUGGUAAUAUUGUUUGUUUCUGUGGUCGAGGGUGGAACUGGAGCAAGGUCCGUUAUAGAGCGGGGUAA